AGUGAAGGCUAGCGGCUUGCCGUGUGUAGGAGGGGACGGAGGGAGACCGGGCAGUUUGAAGGGACGGGGAGCCAGGAGCGGCGGCGGCGGCUCCAUGAGCGGCUCCUGCCGGGACAGAGCGCCCAGAGCCCAGCCGGAGCGUCUCCACCGCCGCGGGUAGAACCCCGGGCAACAGGACGGCGGCCAGUUUGGAAGUUUUGAUGCAUAUGAUCACAACCACCAUGAUUUUUAUGAUUCUUGGUGCUUCAGUUGUAAUGGCGAUAGCCUGUUUAAUGGACAUGAACGCACUACUGGAUCGCUUUCACAACUACAUCUUACCGCAUCUACGAGGGGAGGACCGCGUCUGUCAUUGCAACUGUGGAAGGCAUCAUGUCCACUAUGUAAUCCCAUAUGAUGGGGACCAUUCCUUGGUGGACUCUUCAGAGAACUACUUUGUGAGUGACAGUGUGACCAAGCAGGAGAUGGACUUAAUGCUGGGACUGCUACUGGGCUUCUGCAUCAGCUGGCUGCUGCUGUGGCUGGAUGGAGUCCUACACUGUGCCGUCAGGGCCUGGAGGGCGAGCCGAUACUACGAUACUCCAUCCUGGUCAUGGCUGCCCCAGUUCUGCAACCUUCGAGACCUCCGUCGCCGAGCCCAGCUCAGACAGCUGGAAGACUCCAGCGGCAACAUGGUCCACAUCAAGCAGAAGCUCUACCACAACGGCCACCCAAGUCCCCGCCACCUCUGACUCUAAAGCAAAACAACAAAAAAGAAUAAACUAAACAAAAAUAAUAUAGACGACCCCUGCCCCUCCCCUUGUACCCCUCUUCUCCUCCCUUCCAAAACACCUCUGACCCUUCCCAGCUGCCCCAAGGCCAACUGUUGCCUCAGAGACCCUGAAAAACUGCCCUCCCACUAUUCAUAACAUGGCCCUCCAAAACCCCAAUGACAGGACUUUCUUUUAACUAAAACCAGUCCCUGUCAGCACCUAAAAAAAUUAAUUUAUCAAUUAAUUAAUUAAAAAAAGUCCCAAAAUGGAGCAAGAUGACGAUUAUUUGUUGCCACUAAAAUCUUGUCUUAUGUCCAUGUCCACCAUUGUGGGAGGAAGAAGAAAAAAAAAAACAUUUUUAAGGGUGUUUUUUUCUGUAUAGAGACAUUUUCUGUGUUCAUUGUUAAACUUGGCAUGCUCUUUUAGAACAGGGUAAGAUGUGGGUAGUGUAUGGAACGGGGCGGCAAGACAGGUGUCAUUAUAUAUUUUGUUUUUUUUUUCUCUAUUGGGUGGGACCAGGAUUUUGUUGGCACAGGGUA